AUGAGAGUGAGAUUCUCUUAUUGGGUUCUGCCCAUCAUUUCGGGUGUGGUAUGGCUAGCCACCCUGCUAGGUCUGCUCCUAGAAUGGGCAGUAGACGAGCAUAAGAAGCGAUACCCGUCGAUGAGCCCGUAUGCCACAAUUCCUUUCAUCAGUAACAUCGGCGCGCAUGAGAUGAAACCACUCUUCAUCGCCGGCUGCGUCAUCACCACUGUCUUCCUCGAUCUCUCCUUCGCUUCGGACUGGUGGCUACGGCACAGGGGUCGUCUGGUCCCCAACACCACCGUCGGCGAAAAGGUGUUCUCGGGCUUGAGCAUUGUAUUCGCCAUCAUCGGCACCGUUGGUUUAAUUAUGCUAUCCAUCUUCGACACGGCAAAUCACCAGCGUCUGCACAACAUAUUUCUGGGUCUCUUUAUUGGCGGGUACCUGAUCAGUGCCAUUUUCAUAUGCCUCGAGUACCGGAGACUAAGGAGGAACCACCGAGAACACAGGAUCCUUCGCACCUCCUUCCACAUAAAACUCGGCUUCGUCCUCCUCGAACUCGCCCUCAUCAUCUCCUUCGCCGUCUGCUCGCGCAUCAAGAAGCGUAACGCCGCUGCCGUCCUCGAGUGGGUCAUCGCUUUCAUCUUCUCCGCCUACGUCUUCUCCUUCAUCGUCGACCUGUGGCCCGCCAUGCACACGAAACCCGAACGUGGCAGCCGCGUGCGCCGCCGUGACUUGGGCAUGCCGAACGGGGAUAACAACAGCGGCGCCGCCGUGUGUCCCUCUAGUUCGGGUUCGACACAGCUCAGGGAUUGGACGCCGAUGGAGAUGGAGGAGGCUCGUCAUGAUACAGUGCCUGUGCAGCCGCGACAGGCACAUAUGAAUCGGGUGUCGGACAAUUUUUAA